AUGCACGAAGUCAGCUUAGGUCCGGUAGGGGAAAGGAAAGAAGAUGCAGCAUCUCGAGGCUCCACUAAGAUAGUGGACGAUGUUGCCCUUGAAAACUUUCUCGUAUCCACCACGGAGAAGAAGUUAAUGAGGAAGAUUGAUCUCCAUCUCCUCCCGGUGCUCUGUGUACUAUAUCUGCUUGCUUUCCUGGACCGAGUCAAUAUCAGCAAUGCGGUCAUCUUCGGUUUGAAGGAAGAUUUUCGUAUUGAAACCGGCACCCAAUAUAACGCUGCACUCGUUAUUUUCUUCGUGCCAUACAUUCUGUUUGAGAUCCCAUCAAAUAUUAUGCUGAAGAAGCUGAAACCUCACGUGUGGUUAUCAGGAUGUAUGUUCUGCUUCGGACUCGCCACUCUCUUCCAGGGACUUGUACGGAACUUUUCAGGCCUCCUUGCAACACGAUUUCUUCUUGGCUUGUUUGAAACUGGCAUGUUUCCAGGAUCUUUUUAUCUCCUUGGAAUGUGGUACAAACGCAACGAAGCCCAGAAACGAUUCACUUUCUUUUUCAGCUCCACGUCUCUUGCGGGAGCCUUCGGGGGUCUUCUUGCAAGUGCAAUAGGCAAGCUGGACGGUGUUCGAGGCUUUCUUGGAUGGCGAUGGAUUUUCAUCUUGGAAGGGUUGCUAUCAUGCAUUGUCUCCUUUGGCUUCUUCUUUCUCAUCCCUGGCUUCCCAGAGGAUGCAAAAUGGCUGAGCGAAGAGGAACGGAUUUUUGUUCAGACAAAGCUUGCCAAGGAUGUUGGUAGUGCGGGCCAUGAAGUCUCUGUGGGCUGGAGAGACGUUCUUGAAGUUUUCAAGGAUUACAAAAUCUUUGUUGGUGGAUUUAUGUAUUUUGGCCUUAUUGUUCCCGCGUACGGAUACGCCUACUUCGCCCCUACCAUCAUCAGGACCUACGGAUUCGGACCCAUCCAAACGCAACUCCACUCCAUCAUCCCUUGGGCAGUCACGUUCGUUAUAGCCCUUAUCGUCGCAUACCUAUCCGACCGCAUACGUAACCGUUUCGCUUUCACCGUCAUCCCCAUUUGCGUUGCGAUUGCAGGCUUCGUCAUUCUCCUCAACGUUCAUGAUCACCGCGCAGUUCAGUAUGGCGCCCUUUUUCUGGUUACCUCAGGUACAUUCAGUGCCAUGCCAAUCGUCAUCUGCUGGUUCUCCAUGAAUCUGGGCGGUCAUAAGCGUAGGUCCGUCGGUACAGCAUGGCAAAUUGGUUUUGGAAAUAUUGGCGGAAUCAUCGCAACCUUCUCAUUCCUCCAAAAGGAUGCUCCUCGAUACCGACGCGGAUACAUCUUAAGCAUAGCCUUCAUCUCUCUUUCCGCUGUGAUGUGCAUUUUCUACUUCUUUAUCAUUCUUAACCGUAAUCGCAGUCGCAAUAAGCAGGCCGUGGUUGAUGCUUCAGGUGGUCCAGAUCAGGAAGCGUCUAAACCUCAUUUGGGAGAUUUGAAUCCGUCAUACAGAUACCAGCUGUAA